AUGAAGAAAUGCCCAGCUCCUUAUGUUACUGGAAUUUCACCUAAUGAAGGCUCUCCUGGGACUAAGUUGACGGUCAGGGGUGAAAAUCUCGGUAUAGACAAAAAGGAUCUAAUGCAUGUAUUCAUUGCUGGUAUUGAUAUGGGGCGUACGUCUGAGUGGCAUUCGCCUAAGAAACUGACAUCUAUCACCCCCCUUGGUGAAGGAGAAUUGGAAAUCAUCGUAGUGACAAAAAGUGGAGGUAUUGGGUCUGCUGCAGUUACCUACAAUCAGACUAUGAGAAAAGUUGUUGGUAUGCUUAUUUUAUUUGCUUCAUGA